AUGGACACCUACGAACGAAAUGUUAUGCAGACGCUAAACGUGGUACCUCAAGGUGGUAGCACUGAUAUGAUGAAGAAAGUGGAGAGAGCGUUGAGGCUCAUCAAGACGGUGGAGGAAGCUGAGCGAUGGAUGAUACUUAAUAAGCAGAACAUCCGCUUAUUCAAAAAGAUGUUGAUGUUAAAGAAAGAAAAUCCUCUGCGUCUUGAAGCUAAUAUUGGACUUUGUAAAUCAUACCAGCGGCAACUUCACCGACUGCGAUUAGAUUUAGUUAAGCAAGGUGGUGGUGUCACCAAAAAACAAAAUCGACAUCUAAUCUGGGAGACAAUUGAAACCCACCACCAGGGCAGGGUGAAGACUGGUAUGAUUACCAAUUUGGAUUAUAAAGAUCCAAAUAUAUUUUUCAACCGGGCAUUUCCAAUGUUUAGAAGACACGUUCGGCGUGAGCUAGUGAAUCAUCCCCUCAAGGUGUAUAUUAUGUUCACGGGCAAUUUCAUUAAGCCCACCACCAAAGAGGAGGAUUUGAAAACUUUUAUAACGUCGGCCAAGGAAAUGUAUCUGACAACGGACAUGCAGGAGUGGUACACUGAUCAUGUCAAAAACUAUUUGUUGAAAAAAUUGGAAGAAUUCCAGGAACGCGAUAGCGGUUGGGCUCUUGACAUGAUCAUAAAUAUUCGAGUCCACAUGAAUAAGUACUCUCCGAUCACAGCUGGAACAUUUUGUGAACUACCACCAGUCAUCAAAAAUAAAUUGGCUCAUUCAGUAAAUUGUGGUGAAAAAGAAGCGGUGCGGGUACGAAUGCCUGAAACUGAUGACGAGCGGUUCGUUGAGUUCAAAGAUUUCAACAGCAAGGAACGUGUUGAGUAUAUGGUGUACGCUGACUUUGAGGCACUAUUGGUACCACAACAUCAUGAAGACAUGGAAAUGGAUCAUAGGUCUUAUACAAAAAAUAUUCAAAAACAUGUACCCUACAGUGUAGGUUACUAUGUUCAUUGUACCCAUGAUCCCAACCAAUCGUUUUAUAAGGCAUACCGUGGUGCUGAUUGUGUCAAGUGGUUUGUUCAUGAACUGGAACAAGUAGCGUACUCAUUAGAGCAAAAAAUAAAACACGUUAAACCAAUGUAUCCGCUCACCGUCGAACAAGAACUGGAUUUUAUGUCAGCAGAGAAGUGUCACAUUUGUGAUAAAGAUUUCGUAUCCAAUUCCAUACGUGUUCGCGACCAUUCACAUCGCACAGGUAUCUACCGUGGAGCAGCACACCAAUUUUGUAAUCUGCAUUAUCAAGAUUCAAGGGUGAUACCUGUUGUGAUGCACAACUUAAGUGGAUACGAUUCGCAUUUUAUUAUUGAAGCUCUGCUGACGGAAAUCGACGGUCAAGUUGAUGUGUUGCCCAUCAACAAAGAAAAGUACAUCAGUUUCACAAAGCACGUCUCGGACAUUCAAUUAAGAUUCAUUGAUUCCUUCCGAUUUCUCGCAGACAAGUUGGAAAAUCUGGCCUCAUAUUUAGAUAAUGAUAAAAAAUCCAUUUUACAUAAAGAGGUCAGUAAUGAUGAACAAUUUCAAUUGCUAACGAGAAAAGGUGUAUUUCCAUAUGAAUACAUGAGUAGCUGGGGACGUCUCCAAGAGACAAAAUUACCACCAAAGGAGGCGUUCUACAGUGUGUUAACAGAUGAACACAUAACGGAUGAGGAUUAUAACCAUGCGAUACAGGUAUGGAACACAUUCAAUUUACAUACACUAGGUGAUUAUUCAGACCUGUAUAUGAAAACUGAUGUGUUACUACUUGCGGAUAUUUUUGAAAAUUUCCGUAACACUUGUAUUCAUAGCUAUAAUCUCGAUCCUAGUCACUAUUACACACUUCCUGGCUAUACGUGGAGCGCCAUGUUGAAAUACACCAAUAUCAAAUUGGAAUUGUUCACGGAUAUUGAUGACUUGUUGUUUAUCGAGAAAGGAAUCAGAGGCGGUGUAAGUCAAUGUUCUAAUCGCUAUGCUAAGGCAAACAAUAAGUACAUGGAAGAGGGGUAUGAUAAAACUCAAGAAGAUGUCUACCUUAUGUAUUAUGAUGUGGUGAACCUAUAUGGUGCAGCAAUGUGUGGAUACCUACCAACAGGAAAUUUUAAGUGGGUCGACACACCAAACAUCGAGGAUGUUGCAGAUGAUUCACCAGUCGGGUACAUUUUAGAAGUAGACCUUGAAAUACCCCAACAUCUACAUGAUAACUUUAGCGAUUUACCGCCAUGUCCGGAGACAACGAAACCACCUGGAUCAAAACAAAAAUAUCUUCUGUCAACCCUUUACAAUAAGACCAACUAUGUCGUGCACUACAGGAAUUUAAAACUGUAUACACAACUCGGUGUUAAGGUAACAAAAUACCACCGUGUGUUACAAUUCGAUCAAUCUGCAUGGUUGAAACCAUAUAUUGAUUUCAAUACCGAGAUGCGCAAGAACGCCUCAAAUGAGUUUGAAAAAGCAUUAUUCAAACUCAUGAUUAAUGCCAUCUUCGGUAAAACCAUGGAGAAUGUGAGGAAACAUCGGGUUGUGUACAUACGAAAAAAUUGGGAUGGAAAACAUGGUGUGAAGAAAUUAAUUGCCAAUCCCAAUUUUCACAGUAUGAUGGUGCUCGACAAUGACGUCAGUAUUGUUGAAAUGAAAAAAUCACAGAUACGUUUCAACAAACCCAUCUACAUAGGCUUCACAAUUUUAGACAUAUCGAAAACGUUUGUGUAUGACUUCCACUACAACUACAUGUACCAACGGUACAACCCCACAAAUGUCAGGUUAUUAUACACAGACACCGAUAGUCUAAUUUAUAGCGUGAAAAAUAGUGACGUCUAUGAGGUCAUGAAACAGGAUAUUAAUCGUUUUGAUACGGCUGACUAUGCACCCGACAACAUCUAUGGUAUGCCACUACGUAAUAAGAAAGUCAAGGGUUUAAUGUCCGAUGAAAAUAAUGGUGAUGUUAUGCUAGAAUUUGUCGGAUUACGUUUCCCGACAUUCACAAUUCGUCUUUGUUUUGCAUCGAAGCAAUUAUUUCCACCAUUACAUCGAAGUAUUGAUUCAUUAUGUGAUGUAUAUGAAUCUUGA